CGGCAUUCUGGAACGCCAAGAGAGAGGCCGGCUAUUUAUCGGCCAGCGUCUCCACCAAACACAAAAUCAUAGAGUGAGAGAGAGAGAGAGAGAGAGAGAGAGCGAGGGUGGUAGAGAGGGAAAGGGAGAUUCGGUGAAGGUCGAGAGCUGCGUUAUUUUCAGGUUGGAAAACAAUGGGUGCCGGUGGUCGAAUGGCUGUUCCCCCAACUCAGAAGAAGUCUGAAUCCGGCAGUCUGAAGCGAGUUCCGCACUCAAAGCCCCCAUUCACUCUCGGCCAGAUCAAGAAAGCUAUCCCACCUCAUUGUUUUGAGCGAUCUGUACUCCACUCUUUCUCCUAUGUCGUUUAUGACCUCAUUAUAGCUUUUCUCUUCUUUUAUAUUGCUACAAAUUUCUUCCACCUCCUUCCUCAGCCUCUCUCUUACCUGGCUUGGCCAAUUUAUGGGUUUGUCCAAGGUUGUGUCCUAACUGGCCUUUGGGUCAUAGCUCAUGAGUGUGGCCACCAUGCCUUCAGUGACUACCAAUGGCUUGAUGACACUGUUGGCCUAAUCAUCCACUCCUUUCUUCUUGUUCCUUAUUUCUCUUGGAAGUAUAGCCAUGGCCGCCACCAUUCUAACACAGGUUCCCUUGAGCGGGAUGAAGUCUUUGUCCCCAAGAAAAAAUCCAGCAUCGCAUGGUACUCCAAAUACCUUAACAAUCCACCAGGCCGAGUCCUGACACUUGCUGUCACACUCACUCUAGGCUGGCCUCUGUACCUGGCGUUUAAUGUUUCAGGCAGGCCGUACGAUCGGUUUGCAUGCCACUAUGACCCUUACGGGCCGAUCUACUCGGAUCGUCAACGACUCCAGAUAUACAUUUCUGACGCUGGUGUUCUUGCUGUCUGCUAUGGGCUUUACCGUCUUGCCAUUGCAAAAGGACUUGCUUGGGUUCUAUGUGUUUACGGAGGACCCUUGCUGGUAGUGAACGGGUUUUUGGUGUUGAUCACGUUUUUGCAGCACACUCACGCCUCAUUGCCUCAUUAUGAUUCCACAGAGUGGGACUGGUUGAGAGGAGCUUUGGCAACUGUUGAUAGAGAUUAUGGGAUCUUGAAUAAGGUUUUCCAUAACAUCACAGAUACUCAUGUGGCACAUCAUUUGUUCUCGACGAUGCCUCAUUAUCAUGCUAUGGAAGCUACAAAGGCAAUCAAGCCAAUUUUGGGAGAUUACUAUCAGUUUGAUGGGAUGCCGGUUUAUAAGGCAAUGUUUAGGGAGGCCAAGGAGUGCAUUUAUGUUGAACCAGAUGAAGAUGGCCAGACCAAAGGUGUCUUCUGGUACGGCAAUAAGCUCUGAUGAUUAGAACUGGCAAAAAUGCUGGUUGGUAAGUUUCAGAUUCUUGUUGGGAUAUUAGCUUUCCUUUCUGGGUAAUUUAGGUUGUUUGCUUGCUUUGGAAUUGGACCUCUAGUCUGUCUUGUGCUUUCCAAUCAUUUUGUUGGUGGAAAUGGACACAAGCAACAUUUGAUGUCUGGUUUGUAUUGAUUUGUCUGAAUGUUGGUUUCUUUCUUGAACAAUGUGCAUAGAGCCAACACAUUUUACUCUAUUUUGCAAUUACUCUAUAUCGUACUUUUCAAUCAA